AUGCAACAGUUGCAGGAAACAUCAACAAACACGCCACAGCUACGACAAGCAACAGUUGCAGGAAACAUCAACAAACACGCCACAGCUGCGACAAGCAACAGUUGUAACAAACAUCAACAAACACGCCACAGCUGCGUCAAGCAACAGUUGCAACAAACAUCAACAAACACCCCAAAGCAGCGACAAGCAACAGUUGCAGGAAACAUCAACAAACACCCCACAGCUGCGACAAGCAACAGUUGCAAGAAACAUCAACAAACACGCCACAGCUGCGACAAGCAACAGUUGCAGGAAACAUCAACAAACACGCCACAGCUGCGACAAGCAACAGUUGCAGGAAACAUCAACAAACACGCCACAGCUGCGUCAAGCAACAGUUGCAGGAAACAUCAACAAACACGCCACAGCAGCGUCAAGCAACAGUUGCAGGAAACAUCAACAAACACCCCACAGCUGCGACAAGCAACAGUUGCAGGAAACAUCAACAAACACGCCACAGCUGCGACAAGCAACAGUUGCAGGAAACAUCAACAAACACGCCACAGCAGCGUCAAGCAACAGUUGCAGGAAACAUCAACAAACACGCCACAGCUGCGACAAGCAACAGUUGCAGGAAACAUCAACAAACACGCCACAGCUACGACAAGCAACAGUUGCAGGAAACAUCAACAAACACGCCACAGCUGCGACAAGCAACAGUUGCAACAAACAUCAACAAACACGCCACAGCUGCGUCAAGCAACAGUUGCAACAAACAUCAACAAACACCCCACAGCAGCGUCAAGCAACAGUUGCAGGAAACAGCAACAAACACGCCACAGCAGCGUCAAGCAACAGUUGCAGGAAACAUCAACAAACACGCCACAGCUGCGACAAGCAACAGUUGCAACAAACAUCAACAAACACCCCACAGCUGCGACAAGCAACAGUUGCAGGAAACAUCAACAAACACGCCACAGCUGCGUCAAGCAACAGUUGCAACAAACAUCAACAAACACGCCACAGCUGCGUCAAGCAACAGUUGCAACAAACAUCAACAAACACGCCACAGCUGCGUCAAGCAACAGUUGCAACAAACAUCAACAAACACCCCACAGCUGCGACAAGCAACAGUUGCAGGAAACAUCAACAAACACCCCACAGCAGCGCCAAGCAACAGUUGCAGGAAACAUCAACAAACACGCCACAGCAGCGUCAAGCAACAGUUGCAGGAAACAUCAACAAACACGCCACAGCUGCGACAAGCAACAGUUGCAGGAAAUUUCAACAAACACGCCACAGCUGCGACAAGCAACAGUUGCAGGAAACAUCAACAAACACCCCACAGCAGCGACAAGCAACAGUUGCAGGAAACAUCAACAAACACCCCACAGCUACGACAAGCAACAGUUGCAGGAAACAUCAACAAACACGCCACAGCUGCGACAAGCAACAGUUGCAGGAAACAUCAACAAACACGCCACAGCUGCGACAAGCAACAGUUGCAGGAAACAUCAACAAACACGCCACAGCUGCGACAAGCAACAGUUGCAGGAAACAUCAACAAACACGCCACAGCUGCGACAAGCAACAGUUGCAGGAAACAUCAACAAACACGCCACAGCGGCGACAAGCAACAGUUGCAGGAAACAUCAACAAACACGCCACUGCUGCGACAAGCAACAGUUGCAGGAAACAUCAACAAACACGCCACAGCUGCGACAAGCAACAGUUGCAGGAAACAUCAACAAACACGCCACAGCUGCGACAAGCAACAGUUGCAGGAAACAUCAACAAACACGCCACAGCUGCGUCAAGCAACAGUUGCAACAAACAUCAACAAACACCCCACAGCUGCGACAAGCAACAGUUGCAGGAAACAUCAACAAACACCCCACAGCAGCGUCAAGCAACAGUUGCAGGAAACAUCAACAAACACGCCACAGCAGCGUCAAGCAACAGUUGCAGGAAACAUCAACAAACACGCCACAGCUGCGACAAGCAACAGUUGCAGGAAACAUCAACAAACACGCCACAGCUGCGACAAGCAACAGUUGCAGGAAACAUCAACAAACACGCCACAGCUGCGACAAGCAACAGUUGCAGGAAACAUCAACAAACACGCCACAGCUGCGACAAGCAACAGUUGCAGGAAACAUCAACAAACACGCCACAGCGGCGACAAGCAACAGUUGCAGGAAACAUCAACAAACACGCCACUGCUGCGACAAGCAACAGUUGCAGGAAACAUCAACAAACACGCCACAGCUGCGACAAGCAACAGUUGCAGGAAACAUCAACAAACACGCCACAGCUGCGACAAGCAACAGUUGCUGGAAACAUCAACAAACACGCCACAGCUGCGUCAAGCAACAGUUGCAACAAACAUCAACAAACACCCCACAGCUGCGACAAGCAACAGUUGCAGGAAACAUCAACAAAUACGCCACAGCUGCGACAAGCAACAGUUGCAGGAAACAUCAACAAACACGCCACAGCUACGACAAGCAACAGUUGCAGGAAACAUCAACAAACACGCCACAGCUGCGACAAGCAACAGUUGCAGGAAACAGCAACAAACACGCCACAGCUGCGACAAGUAACAGUUGCAGGAAACAUCAACAAACACGCCACAGCAGCGUCAAGCAACAGUUGCAGGAAACAUCAACAAACACGCCACAGCUGCGACAAGCAACAGUUGCAGGAAACAUCAACAAACACGCCACAGCUGCGACAAGCAAAAGUUGCAGGAAACAUCAACAAACACGCCACAGCUGCGACAAGCAACAGUUGCAGGAAACAUCAACAAACACGCCACAGCUGCGACAAGCAACAGUUGCAGGAAACAUCAACAAACACGCCACAGCAGCGUCAAGCAACAGUUGCAGGAAACAUCAACAAACACGCCACAGCUGCGACAAGCAACAGUUGCAGGAAACAUCAACAAACACGCCACAGCUGCGACAAGCAACAGUUGCAGGAAACAUCAACAAACACGCCACAGCUGCGACAAGCAACAGUUGCAGGAAACAUCAACAAACACGCCACAGCUGCGACAAGCAACAGUUGCAGGAAACAUCAACAAACACGCCACAGCUGCGACAAGCAACAGUUGCAGGAAACAUCAACAAACACGCCACAGCUGCGUCAAGCAACAGUUGCAACAAACAUCAACAAACACCCCACAGCUGCGACAAGCAACAGUUGCAGGAAACAUCAACAAACACGCCACAGCUGCGACAAGCAACAGUUGCAGGAAACAUCAACAAACACGCCACAGCUGCGACAAGCAACAGUUGCAGGAAACAUCAACAAACACGCCACAGCAGCGUCAAGCAACAGUUGCAGGAAACAUCAACAAACACGCCACAGCUGCGACAAGCAACAGUUGCCAAAAAAAGCAGCAGCAACCAAGCCACAUCUCACAAUUCCCACGACCAGCGUGGAUCAGGACCCGGUGGAGCUGGUGGAUCAGGACCCGGUGGAGCUGGUGGAUCAGGACCCGGUGGAGCUGGUGGAUCAGGACCCGGUGGAGCUGGUGGAUCAGGAUCCGGGGAAGCUGGUGGAUCAGGACCAGGUGGAUCAGGACCCGGGGAAGCUGGUGGAUCAGGACCAGGUAGAGCUGGUGGAUCAGGACCAGGUGGAGCUGAUGGAUCAGGGCCCGGGGAAGCUGGUGGAUCAGGCAAUAGUGGCUCAGGCAGGCUCCACCAGGUGGAGCUGGUGGAUCAGGACCCGGUGAAGCUGGUGGAUCAGGCAGGCUCCACCAGGUGGAGCUGGUGGAUCAGGACCCGGUGGAACUGGUGGAUCCCAGGUCCCGGUGGUCCUGGUGGAUCAGGACCAGGUGGAGCUGGUGGAUCAGGUGCCGAUCGAGCAGGACCCGGUGGUGCUGGUGGAUCAGGACCCGGUGGAACUGGUGGAUCAGGACCCGGUGGAGCUGGUGGAUCAGGUCCCGGUGGUGCUGGUGGAUCAGGUCCCGGAGGAACUGGUGGAUCAAGUUCCGGUGGAGCUGGUGGAUCAGGUCCCGGUGGAAAUGGUGGAUCAGGUCCCGGUGGAGCUGGUGGAUCAGGUACAGGUGGAGCUGGUGGAUCAGGACCAGGUGGAGCUGGUGGAUCAGGACCAGGUGGAGCUGGUGGAUCAGGACCAGGUGAAGCUGGUGGAUCAGGACCAGGUGGAGCUGGUGGAUUAGGACCAGGUGGAGCUGGUGGAUCAGGACCAGGUGAAGCUGGUGGAUCAGGACCAGGUGGAGCUGGUGGAUCAGGACCCGGUGGAACUGGUGGAUCCCAGGUCCCGGUGGUACUGGUGGAUCAGGACCCGGUGGAGCUGGUGGAUCAGGACCCGGUGGAGCUGGUGGAUCAGGACCAGGUGGUGCUGGUGGAUCAGGUCCCGGUGGAGCUGGUGGAUAAGGUCCCGGUGGUGCUGGUGGAUCAGGUCCCGGUGGAACUGGUGGAUCAGGUCCCGGUGGAGCUGGUGGAUCAGAUCCCGGUGGAAAUGGUUGAUCAGGUCCCGGUGGAGCUGGUGGAUCAGGUACAGGUGGAGCUGGUGGAUCAGGACCAGGUGGAGCUGGUGGAUCAGGGCACGGUGGAGCUGGUGGAUCAGGACCAGGUGAAGCUGGUGGAUCAGGACCAGGUGAAGCAGAUGUUUCUUACAGCUCUGAAAGUUUGUAGCCCUGAAUGUAUUGAUGACGAAAUGACCAAUGUCUAUGAAAAUGCCGCCAAUUGCAAUAACCCAAACCAGUUUUGGACUUUUCAGCGGGAAAGACAAAGUUUUCAGCGGGAAAGUCAAAGUUUUCAGCCGGAAAGACAAAGUUUUCAGCGGGAAAAUCAAAGUUUUCAGCGGGAAAGUCAAAGUUUUCAGCGGGAAAGUGAAAGUUUUCAGCGGGAAAGUCAAAGUUUUCAGCGAGAAAGUCAAAGAAGACAUUUUAACAUCACAAACCUAAGGCUAAACUUGACCUAA